UAAUUCCACCCAAAACUUAGCUUCAAAGAUGCUUAACUUCAGACUUUUAAUCAUAGCCAGCUUAAUAGCAGUGAUAACAGCGACAGUAUCCAAACAGAGUAAUUAUUUGCCUUAUCAGGAUGCCCGCGAGGCAGUUAUACAAGCCGAGGAUCUCCUAAGUACCGGUGGACGAUUACAUCUAAAUAGCCGGGAGUCAAAAGUAGAUGAUAUUUUCCUUAAGUAUAAGUACGAUGAGUUGUCAAGAGGUUUUCGUGAUCCUGAUAAAAACGCUGCAGGCAUGCAUUUCUUCAAGGCAAAACCUCUCAUUGAUAGCAGUAAAGUCUUCCAGUUUCUACAGAAAAUGCCCAAAGGAGCAGUCUUACAUACGCACACCUCAGCCACAGUGUCGUCUGCGUGGGUGGUCAGGAAUAUUUUUUAUAUGCCCGGCUUAUUGAGAUGUACCAAUCAAGAGGGUGUGAGUAUUUUAACUUUCCGUAAACAACCGCAAAAACAUGGCUGUACUACCCAGUAUGUGCGAAUAAGCGAUGAACGCAAAAAUUCAAUUUCAAGCCGUGAAUAUGAUCGAGCCCUGGAAAAGUUUAUUAAUCUCUAUACACCCAUGCCGGAAUUAGAAUAUUCAUCAAUAAAUACGGUUUGGACGAAAUUUCAAAACAUGUUUAGAACGAUAUCAGAUGCUCUACUUUAUCUACCGGCUUAUCGAUCGUAUCACUGGCAAAUGUUGGAAGAAUUGUACAAUGAUAAUGUUAUGUAUGCUGAAGUCCGCUUGAAUUUUUAUGAGUUGUAUGACAUUAGCGGUCGCAUAUUCCCCCUUGAACGUGGUGUUACCGAAUUGAUUGAUGUGGUGGAAAAGUUUAAACUUCAACAUCCAAAUUUUUUGGGUAUAAAAAUGAUCUAUUCACCCCAUCGCAAUGCCGACAGUGAUGUGAUACGCAAACAUUUUGAAUCGUUUAAGAAAUUACAUGCCACCUAUCCCAAUUAUAUAAUUGGUUUCGAUUUAGUGGGACAGGAAGACAAGGGUAAACCUUUAUAUAAUUUUGUUAAUGCUCUCAAUGAUAGGCCAAAAUCUUCGAGAUUUUUCUUCCAUGCCGGAGAAACAAAUUGGUAUGGUGCCUCCACAGAUUUUAAUCUGCUGGAUGCCAUACUCUUAAAUACCACCCGUAUUGGUCACGGUUACGCUCUCAUGAAGCAUCCCGUACUUUGGAAUGCUGUCAAGACGCGGGACAUAGCGGUGGAAGUUAGUCCCAUCUCAAAUCAGGUCCUACACCUAGUAUUAGAUCUACGCAAUCAUCCCGGAUCAUUUUUCAUUUCACAAAAUAUACCCAUUGUAAUUUGCAAUGAUGAUCCGGGCUUUUGGAAUGCCAAGGCAUUAAGUUAUGAUUUCUAUUAUGCCAUUAUGAGUUUGGCACCAAAUAAUGCAGGUCUAAAGACCCUUAAACAAUUGGUAUGGAAUUCCAUUAAGUAUUCCAUGCUGCAGCCAGGUGAAAAGCAAAGAGCCUAUGCUUUGUUGCAAAUAAAAUGGGAUCAUUUCAUAGACGAUGUUUUAAAGGGAGUUGUAGUUUAAGCACAAAAAUAAAACCAAAUUUUUAAUUUUACAUUUUGUAUUUUUAUAUUUAAGGACAAUCAGAGCACUAAGAGAAGAGUAAUAAAAAAUAAGCACAAAAUUUAA